AGCCCGAUACGCGAAGCACUUUGCUGAAAACACAAAAUACAUCGCACUCACGCGGUUUCGGGUAGCUCCCACCCACCCGGCACAGAAAACAGCGGCGGCGGAGCGAACGGCAAAUCGUCGACCGCCGGUGGCUGGAUCUGGAGGAUCGAUCGAUGGCGGCAGAGGAAAAGUCGCAGUCGUCGUGGUCGGCCAUCCCGUUGGACCUGGCUGGCAUGGUGCUCCGCCUACUCCCCGGGUACGCAGACCGUUCGUGCUUCGCCGCCGUGUGCCCGCAGUGGCGCUGCGCCGUGCGGCAGCAGCAGCAGCAGCUCCUGGUGCCCCGGCCAGUGCCGCUGCUCGCGCUCCCUGACGGCACCUUCUACAGCCUUCCUGAAGGUAAGCACCACCGCUUCCCGGGCUGUGGCUUUGGCGGGUACGAGAGCGUAUGCGGCAGCUGUCUUGUCUUCACGCGCGACGACGGUUGCUUCCUGGUGGACCCCUUCUCCAGGGACACCGUGACGCUCCCUGCUCUCUCUUGCGUCCGGCUCCGUCCUCCAAGUGCAGCCGCUAAACGGACAGCUGAGGUUCCAUAUGCAGCCGGGAAAUGGUCAGAGGAGGAAAGAACGAGGUUUGCCUAUCCUUACGUCACAUGGAUGCAUAUCUGUGACUCGGACAAGCUGCACAUAAGUAAGAUAGUCCUGUGCACGCCAAACCUUGCAGCGGCACUUGUCGGCAAUGGGCACGUCAGUCAGAUUCUAAUGUGCCGGCCAGGGGCCUUGUCGUGGUCAGUACGUGCAUACGAUAAGUGCAGGCGGUUUCAAGACAUGUCAUUCUAUCAGGGCAAGCUCUACAUCCUUACCUGCGACGAGGACCUGCUUGUGGUGAACAUUGGCCAGGACCUAAGCACCGGCGACCCACAGGUUUCUCGGAUUGGAAGGGUCAUAAAGAGUGAUCCCAGGCUCUCCGUUCUGUUCGUAGACAACUUAAUGAUCUGCAAGAAGCACUAUCUGGUUGAAUCUUGUGGCAUAUUGCUGAUGGUACGCAGGAAGAUUUGGUGCCAGCUCCCUGAACGUGGAGUGGAUAAAACUGUUGCUAGAAAGAACGAGUUUGAGGUAUUCAAGGCUGACUUUGAGCAUUCACGGUGGAUCAACGUGACGAUGACCAUGGGGGAUGACCAAGUGCUGUUUCUGGGGCGGAGGUGCUCCAGGGCCAUGUCCAUGUCUCAGUACGGGAUGCCAGGUGGUCAGAUCUUCUUCUUGGAUGAUGAUGAGAAGAAUCGUGUGGAGUACGACUACGCUGAAAAGAACACUUCUAUCAGUGUCUAUGAUAUGAGAUCCGGCGUGGUCCUUCAUCCAAGGAUAUCCUGGAAGCGUAGCGACGAGAUGUGUCUCGCAUCGUGGCUCUUCCCUCAGGACUGAAGAAUAAACUUUAGGAAGUUUGACUCAGGACAAAGCUUGAACAUAUUAUAUUUAGGAAAACUUUAACUCAGGAAAGUUUGACUCAGGACAAAGCUUGAACAUCUUAUUUAGGAAAACUUUGACUCGGGACAAAGCUUGAACAUCCAGAUGAGCUACUCUCAGGUUACCUGACCAUGCUGUAGAUGUUGUCCAGCGGUUAUUUUGCAAGCUGCUCUCAAUGUAUCCUAUCUGACCGUGGUAUAUACGGUGCUUGGUAUGGUGUUCACACUGUUCAUUCGUUCCCAAGCAUGCAAGCCGUGAAAUGCGUUGGUUGUAUUUGCAGUACAUGAAUUUGAUAUGUCGCUCUGGUAGGUGCCGUCGCAUCAGUUCUUAAUUAUCUGAACUUAUUUUAUUUUUGUGCAAAAUUGUCUGAACUUAUUACGGUGCUUACUGCUAUAACUACUGCUAUGAAGCUGUAAACUGCAUCGAAUUUCUACUGCUGUGACAUUUGCUGUGCUUAUGAAAGAUCCUAAAUUGUUUA